AUGGGAUCUCUGCCACCGACAUCUCUCGAUUUCUCAUCGAUCGAUCACAACUCCCUCAAAAAUGGCGGAUCCAGCCAUAAUCAUCAAGAGAUCUCCCGAGAAAAUCUCCUAAACCUCUUCACAUCUCAGCAAGAUCUUCUCAAUCACUUUUUCAAACACCUCGACCUCUCGCAAACCUUGGAUUUCUCGCGCAUUCUCCUCAAUUCCACCGGAACCGUCUUCUUCACCGGCGUCGGCAAAUCCGCCUUCGUCGCUAACAAGGUUUCUCAAACGCUAAUCUCCCUCAGCUUCCGCUCCUCUUUUCUAUCCCCUCUCGAUGCGCUUCACGGAGACAUUGGCGCUCUCUCGUCCCGCGACGUCCUCGUCCUCUUCAGCAAAUCCGGCGCCACCGAGGAGCUCCUCCGUCUUGUCCCCUGCGCUAAGGCUAAAGGCGCCUUCCUCGUCUCUCUCACAUCCGUUCUCGGGAAUCCGCUCGCCGCGGUUUGCGAUAUGAAUGUGCAUUUGCCGCUCCAGAGGGAAUUGUGCCCGUUCAAUCUCGCUCCGGUGACAUCUACGGCGAUCCAGAUGGUGUUCGGUGAUACCAUCGCCGUCGCGCUCAUGGCCGCUAGAAAUCUCUCCAAGGAAGAGUAUGCAUCCAAUCAUCCCGCCGGCAGGAUCGGCAAGAGCUUAAUCUUCAAGGUGAGAGAUGUGAUGAAGAAGAAAGAAGAGCUUCCGGUUUGCAAAGAAGGAGAUUUGAUAAUGGAUCAAUUAGUGGAGCUGACGAGCAAAGGAUGUGGAUGCUUGCUUCUGGUUGAUGAACAGUAUCGUUUGAUCGGUACAUUCACAGACGGAGAUCUUCGCCGGACUCUAAAGGCAAGUGGAGAAGCAAUCUUCAAGCUCACCGUUGGAGAGAUGUGCAACAGGAAGCCGAGGACGAUUGGACCGGAAACAAUGGCGGUUGAAGCUAUGAAGAAAAUGGAGUCUCCUCCAUCGCCGGUUCAGUUUCUACCGGUGGUUAAUGAAGAUAACACAUUGAUUGGAAUUGUGACAUUGCAUGGUUUAGUCUCAGCUGGUCUCUGA